AUGCAGUCAUAUUUGGUCGAGCUUGUAUCAGGAAAGGAGAAGCCAGGGCAGGGAGCUUCAAAAAGGGGACUUUCCCUCCACAUAUUUACUGCCCUUUUAUUGCUGUACUUCAUUUGCACUGGACUUUGCGCCGGCCCAGACCCGUGCCCCGACGUGCCCUUCUCCGAGCGCGAGCGCCUCAACACCUGCCGGGUCAUCUCGAGGGGGCGCGUGUCCGAGCAGGAGGCCAGGCCGGAGGGCUGCUCCCGCGCCUUUCAAGUCCUUUUCACGAGGCAUUUCAAGGCUGAGCCGCCCAACCCCGUGAUGCAGGUCUCCCACCCCCCCGGCUGCAGCGGUCGCGGCCGCGGAAGCGUCGCUCGCGUUUACCUGAACGGAAACCCCACCACAGCUUCACUCGUGGCGGCUAUCGGGUGCGCUCGCCUCCCGGAACGGAAACUAGCCAAGCGAGAGGCUUCCUCCCACUCGAUGCAGGUCAGACUUCAAGAGGCUUGGCAGUGGAUCGAAGCCGAAAACGUCGCUGACAUAAUAGAAGGGAAAUUCUUCAGACUUACUUGCAUCGCAGAUAUUCAUGAUCGUGAUUCGUUCCACUCACUCAAAUGGGAGAUCCCGGACUCAGCCAAUAAGACUGGAAAUAUGAAAGAACAUCCCACCUCUGUCAGUAAAACCCACAUAAGCACCGUUAUUGAGAAUGAAGCGCAUGCGUCUGACACCGGCCUAUACCGUUGCCGCCUCGAAAUCGAUGGCAAAGAAACGAAUUCGACAGAAGUUCGCAUCAAUGUUCUUGCAAAGAACACGAAAAACGUAUCUAUUGAAUUAGAUUCUCCAAACAUACACAUGAACAGCAGCGUGGAGAUCAGCAACGUGACGUGGGUCCUUCAGAUGAGGGCGUAUCCCAGGCCUGAUCUCAUAUGGAGAAAAGGAGACAAGGUCUUACUGAACUCCUCUGCCACGUCGUCGGGAGGAGGAAACCGCUACUCCCUGGACGACACGCAUUUCGGCGAAGGCGAGGUCCGCGUGACCAUCUCCUCUCCUGUGCUCACCGACGUCGGGAACUACACCGUCGAGGCCGCGGUGGGCGACGGGAGCGUGGCCGAUCGCAUAACGCUCGCUUUCACCAUGGAAGUCCAGGCGAAAGUACAAUCCUUCCGACUUAUUCCUUCGCGGCGGAUAUGGCGAAGGAACGACAGAUUCCGGAUCACGUGCUUGGCCGAAGGAUAUCCCAGGCCGUCCGUUGAACUCAGGGCCAGAGAGUGCAGCCACAAGGACCUCUGUUUGCCCGAGGAACCUGUGACGGGCGAUGGGGGUGCCAACUGGACCCGCCUCGACCUCCAGCUGGACACGACGGCGGCGCAGGAGGAGCUCGAGGCCGUGAGGACGCAGAGGACGUGGGUGGGGGUGGCAGUGACUCCGGCCAUCUUCGUCUGCAUGACGAACAACAGUCUAGGAUACAACAUGAGCGAGCCCAUUAAGCUUCUUGUUACUGAUACCGAGUGGAACGUGACUUUGCACUUGGAAUCCACCGUGGACGGGGUCUCUCAAGAUGGCCACAGGUCGACCUUUGUGGAGGGCGACAGCUUGACCUUCACCUGUUACGGGAACAAGAUGCUGACAAGCAAAGACUUGCGGUGGAAGCUAGACGGAGAAAGUCUGCCACGGGAAGGGCCAGCGAUGGAGGGGACUGUGACUGCUGCAGAGAAUGAAACGGAUCUAUCUUACGUCAUCGAGGUGGCCUUGCCCAACGUACAGCGCAAGAACAAAUCUGAACUGAUCUGCUAUGAUGAGUCAAAUCCUGAAGUGGCUGUAAACAAAGAAUUUCAUAUACAAGCGAUGGAGAAGCCCGCUUGGAUGCCAGGCCUCGCGCCCCCCAAGGCAAGCAUAGAGGGCCACGUGGGGACUCAUCUCGCCCUCCGGUGCCUGGCUUCUGGCACUCCCCCGCCCCUAGUCGUCUGGUACAAGUUCCGGAUCAAGGAAAAUCGCAAGAACAUGGAGAUCAAAGGCCAAGAACUUUACUUCUCAUAUUUACUAAUCAGGGACUCAGGCGAAUAUAAAUGCGUGGUGAGAAACCGAGCUGGCGGAAUCGAGGGCAAAACGUACGUUCGUGUGACGGACCCUGAAUCUCCCUUGACUCAUAAGACAAUGGUUAUUAUUGUGUCAAUUUCUGCCUGUGCUUUGCUCUUUGUAGUCGUCUUCGUCUGUGUGAGGAUUUAUUACCAUAAGAGACGCGUGUGGGCUCUGCGAUUGGAGGAUCACAGGAUUUUCGUCAGGGGAUCUCCCGAGAGCCUCAACCCACAGCUCGGGCUCGACCAGCAGGCAGACCUCCUGCCUUAUGAUACCAAGUUUGAAGUACCGAGGGAUUCCAUCAUUUUUGACCAGCUCCUGGGCUCGGGUGCUUUCGGCCGCGUAUACCGCGCCACAGUCCUCAACCUGCGGCCGGGGAAGUCGCGCACCACGGUGGCCGUCAAGAUGGCGAGGUCGCACGCCGACAACGCCCAGCUGAAGGCACUGCGCUCGGAGCUCAAGAUCAUGAUGCACAUCGGCCGUCACAUGAACAUCGUCAACCUCUUGGGCGCCUGUUCAAGGCAGUUCGCGGCGAAAGGCGAACUGUUGCUCUUAGUCGAAUAUUGCAAGCACGGAAACAUCCUCGACUACAUGAGGCGGCACCGCAAGGAAUUUUUGGACCAGAUAAGAGAAAAUGGCAAGGUUGAUCACAGAAUGCGACACAAUGCUGGAUUUGGUUCAGGGCAACGCCAUCACUGACUCUCGUUUCCCAGGACAUCGAGCGCCCCCAAGAACGCCCACCUCCACUUCGGGCCGGAAGCCGUUCGUUACCAUGGCGACCACAGUUCCGACGGCAGUCACUCUGGGGAGAUGCACUGGUCGAGUGCCGAACGCUCGACGAGCUCGGCCUCCUGGAGAUACCGGUACCUGGCGUCCGACAUGAGCACGCUCACCUUCGAAAGUAGUCUUGGACCCGAGGAAGACCUUUUACCGUCCAGUCGCUCAGGAGCUACCGAAACGAGCUUCUGUACCCGAAGUCUGUUCCUGUGGGCCUUCCAGAUCGCCAAAGGGAUGGAAUACCUCGCUUUCAAGAAGGUUCUUCAUGGAGAUCUGGCCGCAAGGAAUAUUCUUCUGACGGAAGAUAAUGUUGUCAAGAUCAGUGAUUUUGGAUUAGCUAAAGACAUCUACAGAAAAGAGAAUUAUCACAAAAAGAGUAAAAGCCCGUUGCCGGUGAAAUGGCUGGCAGUAGAGUGUUUGCGAGACGGCAUCUUUUCCACACAGAGUGACGUCUGGUCCUUCGGCGUCGUCCUCUGGGAGAUGUUCAGCCUGGGCCGGAACCCUUACUGCGGCGUCGAGUUUGAUGAAAGCUUCAUUGCCAAAAUUGAGGAGGGAGUCAGGCUGGAGAAACCUAAAUAUGCUACUUUUGACGUGUACUGCACGAUGCGAGACUGCUGGGCCACAAACCCUCUUGACAGACCCUCCUUCUCAGACCUAGAGACAAGAUUUGGCGCGAUGAUUGGGGAGGCAAACAGACAGUACUUCCUUGAGCUCAACCAGCCGUACCAGAAUGAUAACUCCGACAGCGUUUUCAUAAGUCGUCUGGAAAGUCCGGAUUACUCGGUCAAAGUCCACGAAGGAAGGAUAACUGGCAGUGAUCAUAGCAAUGAGGUCCUUAUCAGCCCUGACCUGUGUGGGGCUAUUAGUCUGCCCUUCACCUUUCCCCCCGGCAACACGAGUCCCACUCAGAUUCCUAGAGGUCCUUGCGAUUCUGCUGGAAAUUACUUGAUCAUGUCCAGCCUCUCCUCAGGCCACACUGACUUCAAGGCUGAGACUGCCGGUUGUGGCACCACGCUAGGCGGCAAAGGCUUGGAUGAGCACAGCACCGGUGGACUAGAAGAGAUUGAUUUUCUUAUCAACUCGCGAAAUUCCCAGUCUUACACUUGCCUUCACACCACAGCCACCGGACAAAGUUCGGAAACGGAAGAACGAGGCACUGGCCUUGACGACGUACCAGCCAUGCAAAAUAACCCAGGUUACUGCCAUAGCCUAUUCCUGGAGUCAAAGGAGAGGAACGGCCUCACCACAGGAGACGCCUUCAGCCAGAAAACAGGAGUUUAAGAAUCACAGGGGAGGAAAGAUAUCACAUGAGGAUAACAAACUUGCAAAAGUAAAUAUCUAUAAGUGGCAGACAAGUGGCAGUGACGAAUGACUUGCAAGGCACAUGUGAUCCCACCCAACAAAUAGUGCCUGCCCUGGGAGGUUUAUUACAGAAAUGAUAGCCUUCUGCAGAAGAGUUAAAAACAUGAGGUCUUCAGUUAUGUCCAUCUUUAUCUGCAUAUAGCAAUUAAGAAAAUACCAUUUUUUAAUACAAUUUUUGCAUUCUUAAUGUAUCAUAAAAACUCUUGACAAAUCUAUGUUUAUUUGAAUUGGAAAGAAGCGAAUUUAAUUAAAUAAAUAAAAUAGAAUGGGGCCUAAAUCA